CCUAAUUUCUGCUGGAUCUAUCGCCGGAAGGUUGACAUCUCCUCCGAAGCCGGAGAGACCUCCGAUCAUAUAUGUUCUUCAUGUUGUCUAUUGCUAGAAGAGUUCGGAGCUCUUAUCCUUGCCUGCAGGUUUUCAAUCUCCAACUCCGGUCCGUUAAGACCGAUGCCGGCUCGCACUCCUCCCGGAGAAGGCGUUCCAAGCUCUCGCCGGCGACGCUGCUGAAGAAGGUGGAUGAGAGAACCGAGUGGUGGGUGGUGGACGGAGAAAUGCACGAGAUCGGCGAGAACGUGCCUCCCAGAGAGCGCUUCGUAAUCCCUAGGGAUAACAUCCCCAAUAAACGCCGCAAACAACUCCGGGAACAGUUCAUGCGCCGCACGCGCCUCGUUCUCAAAGAAUCCGAGCAUGAACCAUGGUGCAAAAGGUAUAUGGAGCUAUAUAAUGAGUUGAGAGAAAAUUGGGAGAGGUUGUACUGGGAUGAAGGUUAUUCUAAGAAGCUUGGUCAAGACCAUGCAAACUAUGAUUCUGCUGAAGAUGAUGAUGAAGACUUCUCUCCUUAUAGGAGAAGCAAAUCUUAUACAGAACAAAUAAAGGAUCAGGGUUUGGUUAGAAAUAGGCAUGAUGAUAAUUGGGACAAGGUUCGUUUAAUCCGUGACAAGUUUGAGUAUGACAGGGAAAAAAGAACGAGAGAAAGAGCAUUUGCCCCACUGAAUGAAGCAAUCAAUGUUGGUAAGGAUCACGUACCGGCUUCAAAGAAUUUGCCCUUUGACGCCCGGAAAUACAUUUCCGAUAGUGAUAGUGAUAGUGGCAGUGACUGAGCAACGGACCAACCGGUAAAGGAUCAUAGUUUUAACUGGCUUAGAGGUGAAAGAUGGGAAUGGUUGUGCGCACGCGUGUGUGUGUUUUGUAGCAGAAGGCAUAUUAUUAUUAUUAUCAUAACUGGCCAUUGUAUUGUAGUCAUACACUGAUCAAAUGCAAACACCAUGGAGAAUGUUCAGAUUUAUUUCAUUUGUUUCCACUCUACUUUGAGUUGUCACAUUAGUGGAUUUUUGUUAACUCAAUAGGAUAUGAUUCAUACCGCACCAUGUAAAAAACAUUCAUUUUUUAAAUCUAAAAACAGUUCUCCAUAGUAAAAACAUGUAACAAUU